UUCACUUCUUGCUGAAGACUUGAAGAGUGGCAACCAACCAAACCAGCAAGAAAAUAUUAUCAAAGAAUAUUUUGGACUGGGGAGGCUUCACACUUCACAAUUCAUGUCUUUUUUGGACUGAGGUUGUCCCUGUUUCAGACAAUGAUGGUUGAGUCUACGGGCCAAAAGGUCGAAGCUAAUGUAGCAGAAGUCGAGGUGGUUGGCAAUGAGAAUCAAUUGGGAUUAUUGUGGCAGCAGAAAUUAGCUGAGUAUAAAGUAAAAAGCAAGAAGUCCUUGCGAGCUCGCUAUUCUUAUGGCAUUAUAUUCUUGAUUACAAAUCUUGUAGCCUGGUUCAUUCGUGACUAUGGAGAACGCUUUAUCCCAGUGCUUCAUUAUUCUAGAGCUUGUGGAAUCGAGGGAGCCAAAUGUUUUCAUACGAUGGGAGUUCUUCGCGUGAGCUUAGGAUGCUUUAUAUUCUUCUUCGCCAUGUUUCUUUUGACAUGUUACACAAGAAAACUGUGCGAAGCUCGAAAUGCCUGGCAUUCUGGGUGGUGGAUUCUUAAAUUUGUUAUAUUAAUCGUUUGUCUGGCAGUUCCAUUCUUUAUCCCCUCGGACUACAUCCAAUUAUACGGCGAACUUGCUCGUGUUGGUGCAGGGGUUUUUCUUGUCCUUCAACUUGUUAGCGUCAUCGAGUUCAUUACAUGGUGGAAUAACUACUGGAUGCCCGAUGAAACAAAGAAGCAAAGCUGUUCGGUUGGAUUAUUCAUGUCGACUGUGUUCUACAUUUCUUCUGUCUGUGGGAUAGCUGUAAUGUACAUGCUUUAUGCCUCCAAAUCAUCGUGCACGCUGAACAUAUUCUUCAUCUCUUGGACCGCGCUUCUGCUUGUUGUAAUGAUGGUCAUAUCCUUGCACUACAAGGUGAAUAGAGGUCUGUUGUCUUCUGGGAUUAUGGCUUCUUACCUCGUAUUCCUCUGUUGGAGCGCGAUAAGAAGCGAGCCGGGGAUGGCAAAAUGCAGCCCCCAGAAUAAGAACAGUGGAGGAGGUGGUUGGACUACUGUCAUUGGGUUUCUUAUAGCUAUAGUUGCAAUAGUCAUGGCUACAUUCUCCACUGGCAUUGAUUCCAAGACAUUUCAGUUUCGUAAAGGGAAAGCAGAGAUGGAGGAUGAUAUUCCCUACAAGUAUGGCUUCUUCCACCUGGUGUUCUCCUUGGGGGCCAUGUAUUUUGCAAUGCUCUUCAUCAGUUGGAAUCUUGACAGUUUACCCAGAAAAUGGAGCAUAGAUGUUGGCUGGGCUAGCACUUGGGUCAAGAUUGUUAAUGAGUGGUUUGCUGCAGCUCUAUAUUUGUGGAAGUUGAUGUACCCCACAAUCAGACCAAUCAAAGUCAUGGAUCAUGAAGAGCAGCCUGGGCAGGAAGUUGAAAACCUAGCUUCAGAAUGAGUUUUGAUAUUCAUUGCAGUAAUUAGUCAUAUUCACUGAAAUUACAAACGAUAUUCAUCACAAUAAUGUUCUUCUUGGAUAAACCAUUAUUGCAAUGAAUACCAUUUCUAAUUUUGGUUAAUAUGGUUUGAAGUUGCAAUAAACUUUUUUUUUUUCAUUCUUUCUUGGUUUGUUGUAAAGGUGAUGCAGUUAUCCAGAUGAAUCUUUGGACUCUUGUAAUCAUAGGAAAUUCAGAAUAAAUUUCCCAUAUUUAAGGAAAUAAAAGUAUAUUUGUUUUGGUUGUA